UUUCACUCCCCCUUCAAGAGCCGUUCAUGCUGAAAGACCAGCCAGGGAUGAAAAUGGAGGAGCAAAACCAAGGAGGCCCCAAGAACAUGGAGGGAUCGGAGAGGGCCAGGAAGGGCCCUCAGGUCAGCCAGAGGGGCUGCAUCCGAGAAUUCCUGCAAAGAAUGCCGGUGCAGCAGAUCAAGGAGGAAGCUGGGGAAGGCCUCCUUCAGCGCUGGGAAGUCCAGUGGCAGGAGUUCCUCAAGACCAUGGAGUCCUCUCACACAGGCUGGGGGGUCCCACAGUCACCAGAGGAACCCACCCCCUGGGACGACGCCAAGGCCUUCCUGGCCUCCUUCGAGCAAGUGGCCGUAGCCUGUCGGUGGCCCAAAGAAGAAUGGGCGGCCCAUCUCCUGCCGGCCCUCAGCGGGGAAGCCAAGCAGGCUUAUAGCAGGCUGGAUUCCCGAGACAGAGAGGAUUAUGGGAAAGUGAAAGUGGCCAUCUUGCGAGGGGACGCCAUGAGCCGGGAGAAGAGCCGCCAGCACUUCCGGCAUUUCUGCUACCAGGAGGCCGAGGGGCCCCGAGGGACGUAUAGUCGGCUCCAGGAGCUUUGCCGUCGGUGGCUGAAGGUUGAGAGGCAUUCCAAAGAGCAGAUCAUAGAGUUUUUGAUCCUAGAGCAGUUCCUGAUUGUCCUACCACCAGAGGUCCAGAACUGGGUGAGGGAACGUGGGCCGGAGACCUGCUCUCAGGCGGUGGCCCUGGCCGAGGAGUUCUUACAGAGGCAACGAGAGGCUGAGCAGCAGCAACUGCAGGUAACACCACCGUUUGAAGAGGUGGUUCUGAGGUUCUGUGAGCCAGAACCAGUUCCAGCUGGCCACGCCAACCGGCAGCUACACUGGGAGGCCAAGGAGGAGCCAGGGAGCAGAGACGCAGCUGUGCUGGGCACGAAAGGAUGGAUGAGCCUUGAGGGAGGGGAAGGGUAUGCGGCAGAAGAUCCAGAGCAAUUGCGACUACAUGGGACAUCAGCAUGGAGAGGAGGGGAGAACGUCACCCAGUUCUGCCAGCCAGAAAACACCCCCAGGACUCAGCAGGAAACUCGCCCCGUGCAGGAAGUCGAUGCAUCUCUUCCAUUUGGAGGCUCCUUCCAGGAUCUCGAGGAAGAUGCAUCCCAGCGAAGAGUCCACACCGAUGUUUGGAACGCUAGUGGGAAUGACAGGAGGAUCAACCUCCAGGAAAUCUCGGACCAAGCAGAAUCACCAAGAGGAGCAAAAGAAAACCUUUCCCAGGGCCAACAACUGGUUGAAUCCUCUAAGAUUCUUCACGGGCCAAAGAUGCCUCAAGAAAACCAGCUAAGAAACAUCGCAGGUAAAUCCACUUUUUGUGGGAUGCGCAAGGAAAUCCUUGAUGACACGUCACUACUACCUAAACCCAAGACUUUCCCUGUGAUGGGAACAGCUUUAAAGCAGAACUCAGAGGGAGAGACACCCUACCAGUGUGCUGAGUGCGGCAAAUGCUUUGGGCGCAAGAAACACCUGAAUGUACACCAGAAAACCCACAUCGGGAACACCCUCUAUGACUGUUCGGCCUGCGAGAAAAGGUUUGCUUGGAUAUCGGACCUCACCCGCCAUCAGAGAAUCCACACGGGGGAGAAGCCCUACGCCUGUCCGUUGUGCGGCCGACAGUUCAGUUCCCAUUCCAGCCUUAUUAACCACAGGAAAACCCAUGGAGGGGAGAGGCCGUUCCAGUGCCCAGACUGUGGGAAAAGAUUUGUGUGCAAAUCGCAUCUCACGAGGCAUCAGAGGGUCCAUCUUGAUAGGAAAUCGUAUGCCUGUAGCGAAUGCGGCAAAAGCUUCUGUCAGAUCUCGCUUCUUAUCCUCCAUAAAAGCACGCAUGCUGAAGAGAAGCUCCUGUCGCAGCCCCUAGAGACGCUGGACUUUCAACUCGAAUCUCAGUAA